AUGGCCGACGACGAAGAGGGCGACAAGCCUGUCAUCAUAUUCGGCAUCGUCCAGGUGCAACCAACAUCGAAAAUCAAGAGAGAUAGAGAGCUGCACAACUCAGAGGUCAGAAGCCAUGCGAUGAAAGUCGUGCAUGAGCGUCGACGCAAUCGAAAGGCAGCGGUGCAGCAAGAUGCCAAAAUCUCGAAGACGUCAAGAAGAUCGACGCCUGAUGCACCUACACUGCCUUCUGCCUGCAGCGCACUGUCCUACGGCAACUCGGAUCCUUUCGAAGCUACCGGCGCGAUCACCAUGACGCCAGAAGUCAGCUACUGUGUGAGACUGUGGAAGGAUACUCAAGCUCGAACACACAUCAACCGCUGGGCGUUGGACAUAUCGGGCGAGGAAACCUUCUCUCCAGGCCUUGCCGCAUCCUACCAUGUGGCCGGAGCACAAUUCUUGGCUAUCGAACUUUCCACUGCACGCGAAGUUGACCUCGUAGGUGGCUGGGCUGCCAUACAGCUGUAUGGCUUGUGGCAUACUCUCCCACAACACAUCAGAUCAAGCAUGAAGCAAGUGUUCUACCAGACACGGGAACUCCUGCUUAGGAAGCUACGAGAACGCCUUUCAGCUACCGAACUCACAAGUCCGCAGGAGAGGCAAUCUGUCGAUGUCCGCACCGCCGAUCUUUAUGACCUAGUCAUCAAGACCUUGAGACUUCUAAAGAUUGCAUGUGUGGAAGAUGAUGGCGAAGAAGCGCGUUUGCAUGCAGCUAUGGCGGCCCAUCUAUCAGAAGAUCCUCGAAUUCAGUUGACGGAACAUCACUGGCAGCAGAUGUCAAGCCUGUCGGUCCGCACGGCCGCCAUGGCAGUGCUAUGCGAUGUCGAGCCUGCGGCGCGACUUAUACGAAGGCCACAUCUUGACUACAGCUUCGAUGGCUGGCUGUACCAGAGACUGCGACCUUUCUUCGCCUGCCAUCCAUCUGUGGUGGUGACGGAGCUCAAGUCGAAGCCAGGAUCUACUCACCUCUCUGUUGAUUCAAGAGUGGUGAGAGAUGCAGUGGAGACCACUCGGAUCUGUGCUUCUCUUUGCAAACAGCCUAUAUCUUUUCGAAAAAGGACCGAGCACGGCCAUGAGAUUUACAAGUAUGGCAUGACUGCAACUACCUUCGCCUUGGGCCAACUACUCACUGCAUAUCACGACCUAAAGGAUGACCAAUGGAUGUCGAGCAGUAGAGAGAAGCAGGAUUCAGCACAUGUCGGCACUGGAGCUCUGCGCCAUCAUGAACUUGCAUUAAUUUUGACAACCAUCUAUGUCCUGUGUAAGUGCACACGAGAAGUUUACAUCGACAAAAAGGACAUCUACGACACCUCCCACAUACUCUUCCCGCUCCUCCGGACUCACUUGGAACGUGCGAAUGCUCAAGCCAGCAAAGAGGCGACAUUCUGGAUGCUAUUCUGCGGUGCUCACCACGAACGCCGGGUCGAACAUGGCCUUGCACUCCAGAGCGAUCCACCGCUGACUGGAUGGUUCCGCGUGCGGCUCCUUCGAAAGGCCCGGGAGCUACAAGUCAGAUCCUGGUCCGAAGCGCAGAAGAUUCUCUCGCAGUUUGUAUGUCUCGACCGUCUGCAACCUAUAGACCACGAAGCAUGGUUUCACGAGGUCACUCUGAGUGACAGCCACGAGUAA